AUGGCCCCUACCCCCUUCGAAGAAUAUGCGGCGCUCAUGAAGCCCUAUGGCGACGGGCAUUACCUGUACAAACCCCAGCCGUAUUCCAAGGUCCACCCCGGUGUGAUCGGCUUCUUCGACAAACAAGGAAGCUGGACAACCAUCACCGACUUGUCGAUUCCUGGCCAAUCCGAAAAAGACGGGUAUACCAAACUCGGUGUCGAAUGGAACAGUGAUGAACCCGAGCUCGCAAAGUGGAACUCCCGAGCUUCAUCCCAGGAAGCAGCGCACAGCUUCGGCGUGGACGCAGGUGUCUCGGGUCUCGCCGCUGGUGGCCCUGUCGAUGUUUCGGCCGAGGCAAAGAACAAAUGGGGUCAGACUGGAAAGGCGGCGCUCUUCGCCAACGACUCCGUGAUCAACCAGAAGUACAGUGGAGCUUGGAAAUCCCCGAUCGCGGACUGGGUCAAGGUUAAUGCUAAGGCUCUUGUGAACUCCCCCUGGAAGGGAGAUCUUAAAGAACAUGGCCUUUGGGCUAUCAAGAAGACCUGGUCGACCCAGGAGUGUAAGAUCACCCUGGACAGCGCUCAUCAUCGGGAUACCAGUGGUGGCUUCAAGGUUGGGGCGACUGGUGUCGCCGAGGGUGGACUCAGCGGUUCGUCGGCCGUCAAGGGUGACAGCGCAGGAUGGACGACCUUCACAGCAUCAGAUAAGGACCAAGGACUUGUCGUCUCCUAUGGCGGUAGUGCCUUCAGAGUAUCGGCUUUCACCAAGCUGUUCACCCAUGCGCUCCUCAAGCAAGUGGAGAGCAGAGCCGCCCCCGAGGAAGUCUUGAAACCCGUCUUUGACGCCGACGGAAAUCAAAUCGGGACUGUGCGAGCUAGGGUCGUGUAUGACAACGAUGGGAACCAAAGACUGGAAGAGAUCGACGAAGAAGCCGAGAGGAAGGAGAAGGAAGCGAAGGACCGGAAACUGAUUGAAGAGGGUGACGCCGAAGAAGUCGUGGAUAUUGAAAUCGAUGAGGAUGUUGGAGAAACUGAAGAGGACCUGGAACUGGAAAAGCAGUAUCAAGCUUCCAAAGAGACAGAACUGAAGGAGCGGAAUGAGAAGAUCGCCGCGCUCCAGGCUGCGGACUUGCCUGCUGAUGUCAAGGCAGCUGAGUUGAAGAAACUAUUCAACGUUACCGAAGAGGUGACGGUCAUUUAA